AAAACCUACUAUGAUCUGAAGACUACUCAAAAGGAGUACCAAAUUUCCGAUCAGGUUUAUCUCUAUAACUUCGCCCGGGAUCAGGUGAAGGAAAGGAAGUUCCUGCCUUCCUGGAAGGGACCCUAUGUCGUCACUGACAAAUUGUCACCUGUGGUCUACAAGAUCAAAAUUCCUAAGGGGGAUGAAUUUAUAGAGAAAUGGGUGCACAUUAAUCAAUUACGUGUUUGUCAUCCUAGGUCACAACUUCGCCAAAUGGAAGGAUUGCCGGAUGAUGAAGAGUAAAGAGAUAACAAGGUUCCAGCUAAAGACGGAAACCCAGGAUUGGUGCAAAAUGGCACAGAGGGUUGUUGCCGUUAUCUACAUCGUCCUGAUCUUGGGGAAGGAGUUCCAGGCCGAGCCGAUUGCUGUACCAGGCCCUUCAUCUGGGAUCAUGCUACAGGAUACCACAGGAUUCAUCUUGACGAAUAAGAGGAUUCUAUCCCAAAAGAUCUACGUCAGUUUGGACCCACGUGUCUUCGUCGAGAGACAGUUCAACAUUUCUGAGAUUUCGUCUCCGGAGAUAAAGAUUUGGUAUCAAAUGCACAUCGGCUAUUCCCAAGAAAGAGUUACACAGAUCCUGGAACAGACAAGGAAAACCAUGACCAGAGAACAGUUUUCAACAAGUCGACGACCAAAGCGGUUCAUUUCUGCAAUUACAGCCGCCAUAAUCUUUGCCGUAGUGGGCACUGUCAUUGCCACCGGUGUAUCAGCUGUUAAUUCCAUCUCCAUUAAGACAUUGGAACUUGAGAUCGGUUCACUGAAAAGGAACCUAAUGAGUAUUCAUGCAGAGAUGGAGGAUCAGAAAAAAAACAUUUAUCUGACUUAUAUUCCGUUGCAGAGGAUACUGUCGUUACCGCCGACUUACACUCAAAGUUAUUGA